AGUACUAGAGAACAGAAGGUUUGGCGUUGGACAUAGCGCCAAUGCGCAUGCGCAGACACUGCGCGUACCUCAUCUCUGUGCUGCUGCCCAGCCUCCAAACAAGCGACGAGCCACUGGGAUCUCCACACGCUAGCCCUUCUCUUGAAGCCACCGAGUCAAAGGUCGGGUCCUGCAAUGGGAUGUGGUCCCUCUCAGAUGACUGAAGAGCUUAAAGAGAGAGAAACCGAAAAACAUAAAGAAAAAGCACAGUGAGAAUUAAAAAGAAGUCAGCCUGCGCAGAGUAAUAAAGAUCCCUUCCCCAUCAAGCUGUUUCCCCCUUUCACCAAAAUGUCAACGGUCUCUUCAGCAAACCCAGAAGCUCCUGCUGUCACCAACCCUCCUCCCCCUGAGGUGACCAACCCUACCAAACCUGGUCGCAAGACUAACCAGCUGCAGUACAUGCAAAAUGUAGUUGUCAAGACAUUGUGGAAGCACCAGUUUGCAUGGCCUUUCUACCAGCCUGUUGAUGCCAUUAAACUUGGUCUUCCGGACUAUCACACAAUCAUAAAGAAUCCAAUGGACAUGGGCACCAUCAAGAAAAGACUAGAGAAUGUGUACUACUGGAGUGCAAGCGAGUGUAUGCAGGAUUUCAACACUAUGUUCACAAACUGUUAUAUUUACAACAAGCCUACAGAUGACAUUGUGUUGAUGGCACAAGCGUUAGAGAAGAUCUUCCUUCAGAAGGUGGCCCUGAUGCCUCAGGAGGAGGUUGAGCUUCUUCCUCCUGCCCCGAAGGGCAAAGGCCGCAAACCAGCAGGGCCUGGUCAGCAGGAUGGAGCAGUCUCUUCUGGCUCACCCACUUCUGUUUUCCCUGGUGCCACCUCUCCGAGUUCACAGACAGCAGUCGUAUCUCCAGCUCCAGUGCCCACCAUCACUCCUAGCUUACCAGCUUUACAGAAUACAACCACUGCCGCCGUGAUACCUGGCAUGCCUCCUUCUCAACCCACGAUCAAAAAGAAGGGGGUAAAGAGGAAAGCAGACACAACCACCCCUACUACCUCUGCCAUCACCGCCAGCAGGAGCCAGUCGCCCACCCCUCUUUUAGAAAGCAAACAGGGCAAGGUAGCAUCCAGGCGAGAGAGCACCGGUCGCCCCAUCAAACCCCCUAAAAAAGAUUUUGAGGAUGGAGAACUAGGCAUACAAGGAAGCAAAAAGGGCAGGCUUUCAGAGCAGCUCAAGUACUGUGAGGUCAUCCUUAAAGAAAUGCUUUCAAAAAAGCAUGCUGCAUACGCCUGGCCUUUUUACAAGCCUGUUGAUGCAGAGGCUCUCGAGCUACAUGACUACCAUGACAUAAUCAAACACCCCAUGGACUUGAGCACAGUGAAGAAAAAAAUAGAUAGUCGAGAGUACCAAGAUGCACAGUGUUUUGCUACAGAUGUCAGAUUAAUGUUCUCAAAUUGUUACAAGUACAACCCACCUGAUCAUGAGGUGGUUGCUAUGGCCAGAAAGUUGCAGGAUGUGUUUGAAAUGCGUUUUGCAAAAAUGCCUGAUGAGCCGGUGGAGGUGGCCGGGGUGGGUGGUGUAGGCGGGGCCGGUGUGGUCAGUAAGAGUACUGUCAGCAGUGAGAGCAGUGGCAGCGACUCCACCUCUGACAGCUCCGACUCUGAGGAGGAGAGGGCCACCCGGCUCGCUGAGCUGCAGGAACAGGUGGGUGCGGAACAGUGUAUCUCUUUGGAGCACCCCAUUGGUAGCAGACAGGGGAUAAAAAACGGGUGCACCAAGAAUAAUCAGCUGAAAGCCGUCCAUGAACAGUUAGCCGCUCUUUCUCAGGCCCCCGUAAGUAAACCAAAGAAAAAGAAAGAGAAGAAAGAAAAAGACAAGAAAAAGAAUGUAAACAAGCACAACCAAUCCAAACCAGAGGAGAAAGGCAAGCCAGGACAGCCACCGAAACCAGCCCAGCAGAAAAAGGGUCCUGCCAGAAAGGUUAACAGCACUGUACCAAGCAACAGGCAACCAAAGAAGGGUGGCAGAGGGCCAGGCUACGAGUCUGAUGAGGAGAUGUCGCUUCCCAUGACGUACGAUGAAAAACGGCAACUGAGCCUCGACAUCAACCGGCUGCCUGGAGAGAAGUUGGGCAGGGUGGUCCACAUCAUUCAGUCCAGAGAACCUUCGCUGCGGGAUUCCAACCCUGACGAAAUCGAAAUAGAUUUUGAGACACUCAAACCUUCCACUUUGCGUGAGCUGGAGCGAUAUGUCAAGUCGUGUUUACAGAAGAAACAGAGGAAACCUCCACAGAAAGGAGGCUCAGGCCCGUCUCGGCUCAGCGGCAGCAGCAGUUCCUCAGACUCGGGCAGCAGCACCUCCAGUGGUUCCACUUCAGAUAGCAGUGACUCUGACUGAACACUUUUUAUUUACUUUUUUAUUUUUUUUAAAAACAUUGUAUGCAGUCAAGGUCCUUUCCCCUCUGAGACUUUUUAUAAGAAAAAGAAAGAAAAGAGACAAUAAAAAUGCAUCAUGUCAGAACAUUUUUUUUUCUUUUGGACAGCUAAAAAGCAAACUAAUAAAUUGCUUUUUAUUUCCACUGACUCUGAAAGGAAUGUCCACACUUAAAACUGCAAGGAGAGGAAGUCUUUAUGCAUUCUUUACAGUUCAAAUUCUCUUCCUUGGUGUCCUGGUAAUGUUGGACGUUACCAUUGCAAACAUAUGCCAUCCCUUCUCAACAGAGAAAGCUGAAAGCUCACUCUUCUCUUCAGAUUUGACUUCUGUACCAGUCUGUUGUAUUUUAAUUUUGUUUUUGCUGUAGCCUCAUUUUCCCCAUUGGGCACUGUGCCAUUAUUGAUUUCUAUUCUUUGUAUUAUUGUUCUCUCAUAAACCGUGAGAGAUUUUCAUGCUUGUCUAUGAAAACCAUGCCUUUCCCAAUAAUGUCACAACACUUAGGUAGUCUGGGGAACAAAUGACUUUAAUUAGGAAUAAGCUCUCUAAAUUUAAUUUGGCCAUUAUUAUAGCUGUAGAACUAUUAAAAUGGAAUCCUAUACUCUUCAGCUAAUGCAUGGUUUAGGAAAAUAGUUUGAUGGGAAUCAAGUAGAUUUACUGGUUUUGUACAGAUGCUUUGCAAUGACAUGAACGUGAAUCAGUUAAGCUGGAUCACAUGCAGACUUCCUGUCUUAUUAAAUGCCUUGGUGAGCAAUAAAUGUACAGAUUUUUAAAUA